AUGAUUGAGGACAUCAAGACUCUCCGCGAGGAGCAUGUGUACCGCGCCAAGCUCGCUGAGCAGGCGGAGCGCUAUGACGAAAUGGCGGAGGCGAUGAAGAAUUUGGUGGAGAACUGUCUCGACCAGAACAGCUCCACUCCAGGUGGCAAGGGGGACGAGUUGACUGUUGAGGAGAGGAAUCUACUAAGUGUUGCGUACAAGAACGCCGUGGGAGCCCGCCGCGCCAGCUGGCGCAUAAUUUCUUCUGUUGAGCAGAAGGAGGCCAACAGGAACCACAUGACGAACAAGGCCUUGGCAGCGAGCUACAGACAGAAGGUUGAAAAUGAGCUCAACAAAAUCUGCCAGGAGAUCCUGACCCUUCUGACCGACAAGCUGCUGCCCCGCACCACGGAUUCUGAGAGUCGUGUUUUCUACUUCAAGAUGAAGGGGGACUACUACCGUUACAUUUCCGAGUUCAGCAACGAAGAGGGGAAGAAGGCAUCGGCAGAACAGGCGGAGGAAUCGUACAAGCGUGCGACGGACACCGCUGAAGCAGAACUACCAUCUACUCACCCUAUCCGCUUGGGUCUGGCCCUCAACUACUCUGUGUUCUACUACGAGAUUCUCAACCAGCCACAGAAGGCUUGUGAAAUGGCCAAACUGGCUUUCGAUGAUGCAAUUACCGAGUUCGACAGCGUUUCCGAGGAGUCUUACAAGGAUUCCACUCUUAUCAUGCAACUGCUACGUGACAAUCUGACUCUCUGGACCAGCGACUUGCAGACUCAGGAACAGCAGCAGCAGCCCGUGGGCGAUGCCGCCGAGGCGCCGAAGGUGGAGGCUACUGAACAGCAGUAG